AUGCGUUGCAUAUCACCGUAUCAUUUUCUAAAACCCUCGAAUUUCCCCCACACGAAGCAGCAACAAUGGCUUGGCGCGGUUCGCUUUCCCGAUCGCUGAUGUCCGCCGCUAGGGCUUCCACUCCCCGCUCAUCGCCGCCGCACGCUACCCUACGCACCCUGCGUUCUCCUCCUCUUUCUUCAUCUCGCCUCAAUUCACGCCGCUUCUCCUUCUCCAAUCCCAGCACACUGGGGGAGCUGGGAUGCGCCCAGUCACUAUUGUCACUGCAUAGGACAGUGGCAGGAACACGGUUGACAUCUCAUUUGGCUGACAAUGUGCGAGCUUUCUGUGAGCUGUCCCAUGGUACCUGAACAUAUUUGGAGCGGAAGGGCCAGUGCGCUCAAAUCUUGGACUUGGUUAAUAGGUGGUUUUGCAGGAAUUUCUCCUCUGGGGAAAAAUUAAAAAUUAAAUCAAUAAUAUGCAUUUUCCCUGUUUUCUUAGUUUAGACUAUUUCAGGUAGAGUCUAAAUUAAAGACAUUUUUAGGCAGCUGAAUAGUGUGUAUUACUGGUAGUUGCCCUCACACUUAUUUUUUACUACCUUUAUCCCUUAUACUAUGCUGUAACAAUUUUUACUGGAAGAAAUUUUCAUUUGUGGUGCUCGAUUAA